AUGUAUAAAUUCUUAAAAUUAAUUGGAAAAGACACAGAAAAAUACAAAAAGGUCUCAUACUUUUAUCUAUAAGGUUAAAUAACAAGUUCUAUGUAAGAUUUCAAGAAAAAUAGUUAGGACUUAUAAAGUUUAUAAGGCAUUAAAAAAAUUUAACCCUGAAAAUUCUAAGGCAAUAGCUUUAAUCAUUAAUUCAACUGGUGGUAGUUUAUCACAUGCUCAUAUAAUAUAAAGAAAAUUUGACUUAGUUAGAAAAAAAUACAAUAUUCCAUUAUAUACAUUUGCAGAAGACUAUGCAUUAUCAGGUGCAUUUUAUUUAUUGUGUAUGGGAGAUAAAAUAUUUUGUAAUAAGACUUCAAUUGUUGGUGCUGUGGGAACAUAAAUAUAAACAUUAAAUAUUUUGAAUUUAUUAGAACACUAUAAUUUAGAAGUUCGAACUUUUAAUUCUGGUUCAAAUGAAACAUUUUUAUAAUAAUUAGAUCCUUUGAGUAAUAAUUCAUCUACAAAUAUUUUGGAAAAUAUUAAUGCUUAAUAAAAUCAACAAUUAUAAUAAUAAAUCAAUUAAAUGAUUGGAAAUAGAUAAAAUAAAGAAUAAAUUUUAAAUGGAUCUAUUUUCAAUGGACAACAAUUAUUUGAGGAUUAUAAGUAAAUAGAUUAAGUAUGAAAAUAAUAGAUUUAUUGAUGGUAUAGGACAGUAUUUAAAUAUAUUAUCAAAUGAAUAUCCAUAAAAUAAACUAGAAAAUGCUACUUAAAAAACUUAAAGGGAAAAGAUGAUUGAAUUCUUUUAAAGUAAGUUAAAUUGA